UUUAAGCCAUUUUAUAUUGUCGAAAGUUAUAUUUUAAAUAAAAUACAAAUGAUGGCUAAGAUUUAUAAUUUAUGAGAUUAAAUUGUCUCAAAUACAUGUAAAGGUAUGAACCAGAUCACCUCUUUGUUGGCCACGUGGUUUGAGAAUGCUCUGCUCGACUCACCUGCACUCAUGGACACGUCCAUACGUGAAAGAUUCGGGAAAUCUGGGAUUGCACUCUAAGUGGUCUUCAAACUCUACGGUUUAAAUGUUCAGCCAAUUUAUACGUCACAUUAAAUCCUGUGUGUUUCUUGUAGAGUUUAUGGAGCUUCAGCAUUGGGCAUAGUAAGUGACCAGUCCAUUCAAAUUGAAUUAUUCCGUGCAAGUUGCUCCAGUUAUCAAAGAUUUUCCGUGACCCACGAAGCUCAGUAUUUGUAUCUACAGCGCCUUUCUGCUCCAAGCUACCCAGCCAUCCUACAGAACCCAGUCAUGGAGGAGACGGUGUGGGAGCAAUACACUGUAACCCUACAGCGGGACUCCAAAAUGGGGUUUGGCAUCGCAGUGUCUGGGGGACGAGACAACUCAAAUGAAGAAAGUGGAGAAAUGUCAAUUGUCGUUUCCGAUGUGCUGAAAGGGGGUCCUGCAGAUGGCUUGUUGUUUGAAAAUGACAGGGUAAUCCAGGUGAAUACUGUGCCAAUGGAUGGCAUCCCACACUCCUUUGCAGUGCAGACUCUCCGCAAGUGUGGCAAAGUAGCCAAAAUUACAGUAAAGAGAGCCAGAAAGAUCCCUGUCAGCAUGCUUAAACGAGUCCCAUCUCCAGACGACCGUGUUUUCAGCGGUGACUACAAUGAUGACUAUGACCAGGAUCACCGCAGCGUUUACAGUGGGCGCAGCUACCCUGAUCGCGAUGCCAGUUUAGAUCGAGAGCGAGGCGGCUACGCAGACGACUACGAUCGCAAUCGUGGAAGGAGCAUGGAGCGAGGCAUGAGUCCUGACAGACAAUACAGACGAGAUGGCAGCCGUGGACGAGUGCUGGACCGUGAACGUAGCCCUGAUCAACGUUACCGAAGUGACCAAACACUGGAUCGCGACAACAGUCCAGACCGACGUUACCGAAGCGAUCGGACACUGGAACACAAUAACAGCCCAGAUCGGCGCUAUCGUAGUGAACACAAUCUGGGCAGAGAGCGGAGUCCAGACAGGCGAUAUCGAAGCGAUCGAACAUUGGACCGAUCUCACAGUCCAGAUACGGAGUACAGACCUGAACCAACUUGUAGAUACAGCAGAGAGAAUUUAGCCAGCGACCAUAACCGCAGAAAGUAUGAUGCUUGCCAGGACGAAUCAGUGAAGAGGAGUAACAGUCGGGACCGGUUGGACCGUUCACCCUCACCUCCCCCACCACAAUGCCAUGAACCUUUGGAAAAGCCCCUCAACGUUACUCUUCUGAAAAACCGACCCAAUGAUGAGUAUGGACUUCGUCUUGGAAGUCAGUUGUUCAUCAAAGGGAUGACGAGUACAGGCCUGGCAUGCAAAGAUGGCAAACUACAAGAAGGCGACAUCAUUCUAAAAAUUAACGGUAUGGUCACUGAGAAUCUAUCUCUGAGCUAUGCAGGAAAGUUGAUUGAGAAGUCUCGUGGAAAGCUGCAGCUGGUGGUACAGAGGGAUCGCAGUCAGGUGCUUAUCAGAAUCCCACCAAUGGCAGACAGUGACUCAGAAAUGGACGAUAUCUCAGAGAUUGAGUCUUACCACUCGUAUUCUCUUCAGGAUGAGCAACGCAGUCAUCAUUCAGAUCUCUCCUCACAUUCCUCUAAUGAGAGAUUACAGGACAAAAGCAGAGAUGAGCCUCCAAACAGACUAGCUAAAAUGGGAGCGAUGCCAACUCCAUUCCAUGCAGCUCCUGUGGAGCAGCCACCUCCACCCAUAGAGGAGGAGGAACCUCGCAGUGAGUCGCCAGUUUCAGUUGUAAAUGUUGCUCCAAAUGCAAGUGUUCCAGUCAAAGCCAAAUCUCUGUCAAAGGUCCCUCUGUGGCCCUGUCAAGAUGACCAGCAAAUAUAUGGCCCAAACACUGUGAUGGUGCGCUUUCAGAAGGGGGACAGCGUUGGUCUGCGUCUAGCUGGAGGAAAUGAUGUGGGCAUUUUUAUCGCAGGCAUUCAGGAGGACAGCCCUGCAGAGAUUGAGGGACUCCGCACUGGAGACCAGAUCGUGAAGGUGAAUAAUAUGGAUUUCAGAGGUAUGGUCAGAGAAGAUGCAGUUCUGUAUUUACUGGAGAUUCCCAAAGGAGAAGAUGUGACUAUUUUGGCUCAAAGCAAAACUGAUGUUUAUAAAGACAUCUUGGCAUCUGGGCGAGGAGAUAACUUCUUCAUCAGAACUCAUUUUGAAUAUGAGAAGGAGCUUCCUCAGAGCCUGACCUUCUUCAGAGGAGAGAUCUUUAAAGUGGUGGACACCCUGUAUGACGGGAAGCUGGGUAACUGGCUCGCCAUCCGCACAGACAGAGACAAUCAGCUGCUGGAGAAGGGUGUCAUACCCAGCAAGAGCAGGGCGGAGCAGAUGGCAAAUGUCCAGAAUGCACAAAAAGGUGCUGGCAAUGAUAGAGGAGACUUCUGGAGGCUAAGAGGUCAAAGGGCAGCCAAGAAAAAAGAUCUUCGUAAGAGCAGAGAGGAUCUCAAUGCCACGCCGGUCACUACACGCUUCCCUGCAUAUGAGAGAGUGGUGCUACGAGAAGCUGGGUUUAGACGACCCGUCGUAUUAUUUGGCCCAAUUUCAGACGCAGCCAAUGAAAAACUUGGCAACGAUUUUCCAGAUGAGUUCAUCAUUGCAAAGACUGAACCUAAUGACGCAGGCACAGAAAAGUCAUCUGGUGUGGUCAGACUGAACACUAUUCGCCAGAUCAUUGAACAGGAUAAACACGCUCUGCUCGAUGUCACACCCAAGGCUGUAGACACACUCAAUUACACCCAGUGGUAUCCGAUCGUCAUCUUCCUGAAUCCAGACAGCAAGCAGGGUGUGAAGACCAUGAGAAACCGCCUGGUUCCUGGAUCCAACCGCAGUUCACGCAAGCUUUACGAGCAAGCAGUUAAACUACGGAAAAGCUGCACACACUUGUUCACUGCUACCAUUGAUCUGAACUCUGCUCAUGAUGCCUGGUUUGGAAGUUUGAAAGACGCCAUACGAGAACAACAAGACAAAGCCGUCUGGGUCUGUGAAAGCAAACUUGAUGGUUCAGAGGAGGAUCUGGAUCUCCAUGACGACCGUAUGUCAUACCUGUCAGCCAUGAGCACAGACUACCUGAGCAUGGACAGCCGUCUGACCAGCGAUUAUGAUGACACUGCUGAUGAGGGCGGAGCUUACACUGAUAACGAGCUGGACGAGUCCACAGACGAGCCACAGCCAAUGUCAGCCAUCAGUCGAUCAUCUGAGCCUGUUAGUGAGGAGAGAGCUAUGCCGGUUCCUCAUGCUCGCGUGAAGAAAUCUAGAAGCAGAGAGGUGCUGCGGGGCCCGAGCCCACCUCCCUCAUUUGUUCCAGAACCCCCUAAGGUCAGAUCAACAUCACAUGCCGCAGACUCCAGAAGCUUUGACUCGCGAUCCAGCAGUACAGUGAGCAGUGACGUGCCCGUCAGUAAUAAACCUGCUCCACCGCCGGUAGCUCAGAAGCCCAGUUUCAACACGCGGUCAGGCCCUGCCGAUGACAUGACCUCUGAAGACCCCGCCAACCGCUCAUUCAUGGGAAAGGUGAAGGCUUUUGAGAAAAUGGACCACCUGGCCAGAGCCAAAAGGAUGCUGGAGCUGCAGGAGGCCGAACAAGCACGGCUGGAAAUAUCUCAGAAACAUCCAGACAUUUAUGCAGCUCCACACAAACCGAAGCAAAAUCAGAACAGACCACAACCAAUCGGCUCCAGCUCAAACUCUGAAUCGUUGAGCUCCUCCUCCAAACCACCCUACACUCACUACCAUGCUGAUGAUGAUGACGAGGAAGAAUACAGACGCAACUUAGCCGAUCAAACCCGCAGAGGCUACCACAAUCCUCAGAAAUACAACGACACUGAACUGUAGCGCCCAGUGUACCAGAAAACUUGUAAGCCAAACAGUGUGACAACAUAACAGAGCUGAAUAUCUUGAUCACAUUUGAUCUGUGUCAGAGUAUUUCUUGUGCAUGUCAUUAUUUAAAAAAAAAAGUAAAAGUGGUUAGUUAUGUAAUUUGGGGUGAUCAAGUGUCACUUGAAACCAUGGACAAAUCAGAUGCAAAACUGAACAGUAUUUUUGUUUGACACAUGCAUUACAUGCAGUAUAAACAUGCCAUGUCAAGAUGGUCUCUAUUUUUUUUUUUAUAUCUGCCGUGUUUUAAAUGAAAUGUAUAUUUCAUGUCUGUUUGUAGUUGUCCUGAGCAAUUUGUAUGUCUUUAGCUGGUUUUAUUUUCCCACAAUGUCAUGUAUCAGCCACUAGUGAAAGCUACUAGAUGGAGUUGAAGUUACACAUUCUUCACACUGCGAUUUGACAUAAACCAAAAGUGAAAGUGGUAUAAAUGUUAUUUUCUAAAACAUUUGCUGGAGUGCCUUAAUACCAUUGAUCAAACGUGUAAGUUACUUUAAGCUGCUGUUUAUAUUACUAAUAUACUAUGAUUUUGAUCCAGAAAACAGGCUUAUGUUAUAAAAUGUGCAACAUCUUUUAAAUUGUUCAGAAUUUGAUCCAUUCACAAUAUAAUUCACAUUAUAAUAGUACAGUGUGAAAUGUUGAUGCGUAUCUAUGAAAUCUACGAAAACUAUUCGUAUCUAUGAUCAAUACUUUGUGCUAACAAUUAAUACAACUCAGACUUGUGGGAAAUUAUGCUAUUUUUAAAUUUAGAAAAUAUAAA